GAGGGGGGCGCCGCGCUGGGAGGGAGGCAGCGCGCACGGUGCAGCCGGGCCGGGCGGGAGGCAUGGCGGGGCCCCCGGCCCUACCCCCGCCGGAGACGGCGGCGGCCGCCACCACGGCGGCCGCUGCCUCGUCGUCCGCCGCUUCCCCGCACUACCAAGAGUGGAUCCUGGACACCAUCGACUCGCUGCGCUCGCGCAAGGCGCGGCCGGACCUGGAGCGCAUCUGCCGGAUGGUGCGGCGGCGGCACGGCCCGGAGCCGGAGCGCACGCGCGCCGAGCUCGAGAAACUGAUCCAGCAGCGCGCCGUGCUCCGGGUCAGCUACAAGGGGAGCAUCUCGUACCGCAACGCGGCGCGCGUCCAGCCGCCCCGGCCGCCGGAGGGGGGCGCGGCGCGGGCCGGCGGCCCGGCGCGGCCCGUGAGCCUGCGGGAAGUCGUGCGCUACCUCGGGGGCAGCGGCGGCGCCGGCGGCCGCCUGACCCGCGGCCGCGUGCAGGGGUUGCUGGAGGAAGAGGCGGCAGCGCGGGGCCGCCUGGAGCGCACCCGCCUCGGAGCGCUCGCGCUGCCCCGCGGGGACAGGCCCGGACGGGCGCCGCCGGCCGCCAGCGCCCGCGCGUCGCGGAGCAAGAGAGGUGGAGAAGAGCGAGUGCUUGAGAAGGAAGAGGAGGAAGAAGAUGAUGAAGAGGAAGAUGAUGAAGACGAUGUGUCUGAGGGCUCGGAGGUGCCUGAGGGUGACCGCCCAGCAGGUGCCCAGCACCACCAGCUUAAUGGCGAGCGAGGCCCUCAGAGUGCCAAGGAGAGGGUCAAGGAGUGGACACCCUGUGGACCCCACCAGGGCCAGGAUGAAAGCCGGGGGCCGGCACCAGGCAGUGGUACCCGCCAAGUGUUCUCCAUGGCAGCCAUGAAUAAGGAAGGGGGAUCAGCCUCUGCUGCCACUGGGCCAGACUCCCCAUCCCCUGUGCCUUUGCCCCCAGGAAAACCAGCCCUACCAGGGGCUGAUGGAACCCCCUUUGGCUGUCCUUCUGGGCGCAAAGAGAAGCCGGCUGACCCUGUGGAGUGGACGGUGAUGGAUGUGGUUGAGUACUUCACCGAGGCCGGCUUCCCGGAGCAGGCAACAGCUUUCCAAGAGCAGGAAAUCGAUGGCAAGUCUUUGCUGCUCAUGCAGCGCACAGAUGUGCUGACUGGCCUGUCCAUCCGCCUGGGCCCGGCCCUGAAAAUCUACGAGCACCACAUCAAGGUGCUGCAGCAAGGCCACUUUGAGGAUGACGACCCCGAUGGCUUUCUAGGCUGAGCGCCCAGCCUCCCCUCUGCCCCAACCCAUUCCAGCCCCCAUCUCACCCAAGACCCCCAGAGUCCAGGAGCUGGAUGGGGACGCUCUCAGCCCUCGUAACAGAUUCCAGUGAGGGGGCAUUCCUCCCUACUCAUCUCUUCCCUGUGUUUCCCCAGCAUACACACAUUUGGCCCCCAGCACAUCCUGUACUCCAUGACAGAGGAGUGUGGGGUGGGACAGGGCCUGCUCAUUUCACCCCAGGAGGCCAGCCCUCCCCUCGAGUCUAGGACAUUUUUGAAGAAAAAAAGCAAAAAACAAAAAUGGGGGCUUCCUAUCUCCCCUAGAUCUUCUUCAGUUCAGCCAGAUGUUUCCUAUAUAAAUGUUUUGUUCUGCCUGUUCAUUCUGGUGGGUGGCCUUUCCUCUCUCCCCCACCACCCAUGCCCCAUCCCUGUCUGCCCCUGGGAACAGCUGGGGUGGGGUCUCUGGGUCUUCCCUAACCCUCCUUUCUUUCUGUUGGUUGUUGCUCCGGCUGGCUGUAUUGCUUUUUAAUAUUGCACCGAAGGUUUUUUAAAUAAAGU